AUGCCGUUUACUGAUGGAGAGGCCGGGAGGGCUGCGCGCCUCUCGCACAUCUUCACGCGGUUGCAGGAGCUCCCGAAUUAUGUCUGGGACCCGGAGAUUGAACCAUUCCACUCUUCGUAUGACAACUGGCACUUCUUCGGAUACCAAAAGGCCCCUCGACAGGAGCGCCCAUCGUCAAGAGGGAGAAGCACCGUAGCAUCGCCCACCCUUUCGCAUUUUCCCGACUCGAGCCGCCCGUCCCUUAUACGAAGCCACAGGAGCUCAGGGAGUGAUGCGAGUGGAGCGACUGCUCAUACGGUGACCGACCCACAUCGAGAAGGUCGACCUGUCGUCUGCAGAGUGUCACGCCAGACCUUGCGUCUAGAGCGCGAGUUCCAGCUCUCCAAGCUUGUAGUGAACAAGUCUGACCCUAAGGGCGAGCACUUUGCCCGCACCAUAGAGUUCGCGAGACUGCCCGCCAAGGCCGGAGAAGAGCCCCUCGUCGCCAGCAUAUUCGAAGCCCCUGGCCCGAACUACCUCAAAGACCUGGUCACUUUUGGCCCUAAUUGGUACAGGUUCACUAACAACGAUAACAACUGGCAAUCCCAUACACUGCAGCCAGCCCGUGGAGUGCCUCUCCUCACCUUCUUGGACUUUGCAGUGGGCGCAACGCAAUGUCUGGAAAUCCUUCACCAUGGCCACGAAAUCGUUCAUGGCGAGCUGCGAGGCGAUGCCUUCCAUUUCGCAGAGAAUGGCUCUGUUAAAAUGAUCAACUUUGGUAGUGGCGCCAGAUCGUUCGAAAAUGGCCUUACAUCUGCAGGCUGGAAUUCGUUGAGCCGUGAAGUGGGCAUCGAACUGAAACUUGCCUUCAUAGCUCCAGAACAAACAGGGCGUAUGCCUGCUGAGCCGGAUAGUCGUACUGAUAUCUACAGCCUUGGGAUUCUCUUCUAUACCAUGUUAUGUGGAGAUACGCCUUUCGAUGGCCCCUCGGCCCUGGACGUCAUGCAGAAUGUCAUUAGCAAGCGUAUAGUCCCGGUUUCCUCGAGGCGCAUAGACAUUCCGGAAGUUUUGUCUCAAGUCAUUCAGCGUAUGACACAGCGAAACAUUGAAGACAGAUAUCACUCGACAUCAGGGCUAAAAUUUGAUCUGAUUGGGAUUCGCGAACUCCUUUGUGAAGGUGAUGGAGAAGGACUAAAAACUUUCCAAGUCGGUUCAAAAGACAUCAGCUGUUUCUUCAACCUUCCGCUCAAGCAAAUUGGACGCGAGAAAGAGCGCCAGACGAUAAUCAAUGUCAUAGAGCGCGUGUCAAAGCAUCGAAGGAGUAAUGUAAAAUCACUCAAUAGCUUGAGCUCAAACUCGUCCUACUCGGAUCAGCGACUGGAACUGAUCGACGACCUCGUCUCCGAUAGUGGCAGCUCUAGAGGCUCGGAGAGCAGAUUAAAUAGCGUAUCAUCAACUGGCCCAGUAUUCAUGGAGACGGCUCGAUCGGUACAUCAACGCUCACAAGACAGCGUGGUACAGUCGGAAGGCUCUACCGCCGAAGGGAAUUCCGAGAAUCGACCACAGCUGCAGUCUACUAGUCGCGGCCAAUCGAACCACAGCAUUGAAAGCUCCGUAACGCACUCUCGCUCUAAUCAGUCUAAUGAUGGCUCACUUUUCCGCACGAUGUCUAAUACGCGGAGGUUGAGACGCAAAGUUCGCUGUGAAGUAGUGGCGAUUGCAGGAGCGACAGGGCUGGGUAAGUCACGUCUAGUGCAAAGUGUACAAAGCACGGCAAGGAGCACGGGAUACUUCGCUAUGGCGAAAUUCGACCCUGCGAAGAAAGCGCCUUUUGACCCUAUCUUGAAGCUCAUGUCUUCCUUAUUUCGGCAAAUAUUCAGCGAGGCGGACGUCACGACCGAUUUUCACAACAGCUUGCGUAAUUUCCUGAAGAAUACAGGUGUUUGGGCAGUACUCCGCACCUAUCUGAAUCUCCCUGAAUGGCUCCUGAACACCGGAGGCGCUCCCAAAACUCCGCAGCAGAAAGAUCUAGACUUCACCAUAGAGAUGCAUCGGCGAGCGUCAUCCCCUGCAAUUCAUUGUGGAGGUGGUGGACAUACUGCGGAAGCCUGGCUCAGAAGCGGGGGGAACUCCAAGUCAUCCAGGUUCAUGAACGUCUUUAUUGACGUAUUGCGCCUUCUUGCCAUGCAAAAACUCUGUAUCUGGAUCUUGGAGGACGUUCAGAACGCCGAUCCAGAGAGUGCGGAACUCAUCCAUCAUAUUGUUCAGGCCAAGAUUCCGCUUGUGUUAAUGAUCACCUACGUUGACGAGGACACCCUACCCAAAGAACUCAGUCCUUUGCUACGUAGUGCAACAAAGAUUCAACUGCAUCCGUUCACUGAGGCACAAACAGCCGAUUACGUUGCCGAAACUCUACACCGCGACCACCAAUACACACUGCCGCUAGUCGCCGUCGUCCAAGAAAAGAGUCGAGGAAACGUCUUCUACAUUCGAGAAAUUCUCGACACCUGCCAUAGAAAAAAGUGCGUCUUUUACUCGUGGCGGGAAAACAACUGGCUUUUCGACCUUGACAAAGUUUUCGAAGUUUUUGAGAGCCCGGAGUCUGGAUCUUCAGUCACUACCGACUUCAUUACAAAGCGACUGUCCGAAUUACCCCCUGCUACUAAAAAGCUCCUUGCCUGGGCUUCGUUACUGGGCGGCACGUUCUCCUUUGACCUAGUCCAACGGCUGUUGCUCCUGAAGAACAGUAUAACGGCCGACGCAAGACUACCGCUCCUAGACGACAACGAGUGUGCCAUAACUGCGCUUAACGGUGCGCUGGAUGCUUACAUAUUGAUGCCUGCGGAACAGGAUGCUAGGUUCCGUUUCUCGCAUGACCGAUAUCUCACGGCAGUUGCAAACUCUCUGGAGAAAGAGUGGGACACGCAAAUGAUGCAUUUCAAGCUUGCGAAACGUAUAACGUCGGACGAUGAAUAUCAAGACGACUCAACAAUAGGUUCGAAGGCUCUGUACAUGCGCAGUCGGCAUAUUUGUCUUGCCGCCGAGAUCAUCAAAGCCAAGGAAAGUCAUCGGGCGCCGUUCCGAAACGUCUUAUAUCAGGCUGGAGAAACGGCAUGCGAAUCAGGCGCGAAAUCGACUGGCAUAUACUACUUUGCGCACUGCCUAAUGCUUCUACAAGAUGAUCCGUGGGACGACAACCUCCCCGAUGUCUCGUACCAAGAGACCUUGCAGCUCUUUGUACGUUCAGCCGAGUGCUACUGGAAUCAAAAUAUGCUCGAUGAGGCCCUCAGCUUGAUUCAGACAACGUUUACGAAUGCUCGCGAUCCAUGCGAUAUGGCAAGCUCGUUCAUUCUACAAUCUCGAGUCUUGGCUGUCCGUGGCGACAGUUUCGGGGCGCUACAAGCACUAAAAGACUGCCUGUCUCUGCUCGGAUCCCCCAUCCCUUCUACUACAUGGGAAGAGUGCGACGCUGAGUUCCAGAAGAUUUAUACUACCCUCAAGGACACCAACAAGGAUGAAUUGCUCUCACGUCGGCCACCCACGGAUGAUCGCGUUCUUAUGACAAUGGGCCCUAUCUUCAUCGAGUUUCUUAGCGCUGCUUUCUGGACAAACAGUCUGCUGUUCUACCAAGGCACGCUCAAAUUGAUCAACCUACAUCUUCAAAGAGGCACAAUGUCGCAGAUCGCGUUGGCAUAUGUUCAUUUGGGAAGCAUUGCUGGAGGCCGCUUCAACAUGAUCACCUUUGCGGCUGACAUGGGAGGAAUCGCCAAGCGAAUUUUCGAGAUGUUUCCUGAAGACUACUAUACGCUGGGGCGAGGUCAAACUCUGCAACCCAUGUUCCUCGGUCAUUUGGAAGCACCCAUCGGCGACCUAAUCCCCAGCCUCGAAGUUGCAUUGCACGCAUCUCUCACGGCUGGCGAUCGCAUUCUCACGCUUCUAAACCUCGGUGUGCAAGCCCACUUCAGGGUCAUGGCGUCUUAUGACGUUGCAGAGCUAGAGGCAUGGAUUGAAGAAACGACUCUAGAUUUGACGAACUGGCAGCAAGAUCUCCGAGGAGGCGUGUUUUUGAUAGCAUGUCGUCAAUACUCAAGAGCGCUUCAAGGCAAGACAGGCACAGGCGAUGUUUUUUCAGAUGAAGAGCAUAAUGACGCCAGCUAUAUUGACUAUCUGGAGAAGACUGCAAGCAACCCGAAGCGGCCGAAGUCCUUCUAUCUUGCCACCAAACUUCCUGUCUUAGUACUAUUCGGGUUCAUUUCCGAAGCAGUUGCUCUUGGUGAAAUGUUGUUGCCUAUGCUAAGUAGUCUGUGGUCCGAAAGACUAAACUACUCUGUCCGGUACUUCCUAUCCCUGGCGUAUAUGGCCAUCCUCCGGGAUGAGCCUGAGCAUGCACGAAAGAAAGCCAUGAUUCAACAUACCCAGGAUACGCUUCAAUUACUGGAAGCUUGUUGCGCAAUCACAGAUGUCAACUACCGAGGCUGGUUAUACCUGCUCACUGCAGUACUCGCGGAAGUCAACAGUGAUCCGCCAUCAGCUUUGCAAAACUACGAGGCGGCGAUGGAUCACAACGAAAAUAAUAACUUUGUCUUAGACGUAGCCUUCUCACACGAACUUUAUGCAGAGUGGCUGAUUCGCAAGAGGGCGCAUAGGGCCGCUCGACAUUCCCUAAAGGAUUGUAUUUCAACGUAUAAAAGGAUCUCGGCAUUCGGCAAAGCGAAUCAUGUUGCGUCUAAAUAUGAGUGGCUUCUGCGCGGUAGCGCAUCCUUCACCACAGUGGACGUGGCUGUGCAGGCUACAGUUAUUGACACCAGUAAUACUCCGUUUAGAUUCGAACAAAAUGAGGACCAGGAACAAUAUCUCGGAGCCGAGUCUGCGGUCGACCGAACGCAGAACUGGAUCGUUCCAGAGACCGGAAGACGUCAUGGGUCAACACAGGAUCUAAACAAUGGGUUUUCAGCCGUGGGUCUCGACAUGCUGGAUUUAUCGAGCAUCCUUGAAUCGUCGCAGGUGCUCUCGAGUGAAUUGGUAGUUGAUAAGCUCAUGGCUAAGAUGGCUUCAAUGAUCCUGGAGUCGACAGGUGCCACACUUUGCGGUAUCGUUAUUGAGGAUGCUCAGAUCGAGUGGAGUAUUGCUUGCGUUGCAACCAAUGAACCAGACAACGAUAGUGGGUUCUCUGCUGGCGUCACGUCCUUCCCCACUGGUCAACCCCUAGAUACAGUGGACGACGUUGUAGCGCGACAAGUCACACUGUAUACGCUCCGCUUCCGAGAAACUGUCUUCGUCCAGAAUUUACUGGAAGACGACCGGUUUUCCAACGUAUCGGAGGCGUACCUGAGUCGCAACCCGGAAGGCAAAGCAGUGAUCUGUAUACCGAUUGUGCACUCUGACAACCUCCUGGGUUCUAUAUACGUUGAAGGCCCGCCAAACUCGUUCACGGAACGGAAUACGCAGCUCCUCGGACUUCUUACCAAUCAAAUCUCAAUCUCUCUGGCCAAUGCACUUCUGUUCAAGGAGAUUGAGCGAGUUAGCGCAAGUAACGAGGCGAUGCUUGAGAUGCAAAAACGUGCUCUUGCUCAAGCCAGGGCUGCAGAAAUCAAGGCCAAAGAAGCAGAAGCUAUAGCUAUCCGGAACAUGAAGCUCAAGGAAGAGGCAGCAAAGGCCAAGAGUCUUUUCCUCGCCAACGUAUCCCACGAACUGCGGACACCUCUCAAUGGUGUCAUCGGCAUGUCCGAACUCUUGAAAGCAAGCAUACUGAAUCAAGAGCAAGCAGGCUAUGCCGAUUCAAUCCGAGUAUGCGCUGACACGCUCUUAUCCAUCAUCAACGACCUCCUCGACUACUCAAAGCUCGAAGCCGGAAAGAUGAACGUUAAUGAGAUGCCUCUAUCCUUGAACGAGACCAUUACAGAGGUUGUGCGUGCUCUGGCGUAUACAAACGCUGAGCGUGGGCUCAAAACGGUUGAACAGCUGGAGCUAGACCCAGAGAUGCUCGUCAUGGGUGAUCCAGUCCGACUCCAUCAAAUCUUAAUGAACCUGCUUUCCAACAGCUACAAGUUCACCCCGAAGGGCUCCGUGACCGUACGGUGUGUUGUUGAUAAAGAGGCCGUUGACUGGAUAGACGUGACCUGUAGCGUCAUCGAUACAGGCAUCGGUAUCCCAGAUGAGCAAAAGAAGAAACUGUUCCUACCUUUCUCACAGAUCGAAUCGUCGUCAUCACGCAGCUACGGCGGCACAGGACUUGGUCUCAGCAUCUGCAAAGCCCUGAUCGAAAACGUCAUGCAGGGAAAGAUUUGGCUGGAGUCCUCGCCUGGAUUCGGAACAACAGUAUCCUUCUCACUUCGCUUCCGCAAGGUACCCAAAGCGCAAGCGCUCAGCCGACUGACUCGUGAUCAUGAUCCAAUGGCCAAGUUCUCGAGUCAGGACAACAACGGCCACGAACAGUCUUCCGGAUCCUGCAUUGAUCUAUCGACGAUUCCACGCAGCGAAUUGAGAAUAUGUAUAGCAGAAGAUAACGCCAUAAAUUCAAGAAUUGCGAUCAUUGUGCAAAAGCUGGGUUUCAAGUGCGACGCGUAUCUCGAUGGAUUCAAGACAAUCGAUGCACUUGAACGAGCUAGUGACAACGGUCGACCAUUCCACCUCGUGCUCAUGGAUGUACAAAUGCCGCACUGUGAUGGGUAUGAAGCUACGCGCCUCAUACGCAAGCACUCCAAUCCCGAAAUCCGCAACGUACUCAUCAUCGCUAUGACCGCUUCCGCCAUCGAAGGCGACCGCGAAAAAUGCCUUGAGUCAGGAAUGAACAACUACCUUGCCAAGCCCGUACGCGCGCAGACACUUAAAGCGCUUCUUGAGUCAUAUCUGAACAAAGAACACGAUGGAAAUGAGGUCCCUAACAUACAGGCUGAGGCAAGGAAGCUGGUUAAGUUGGCGUUGAGUGAAGCGGAACAGGGAAGUGUGACCAACGCGGCGAGGAAAAACUUGAACAUUGACGAGGAGGGUGGGGUGCAAAUAAGGAGUAGACCGCCGAGUGUAAGGAUGAGUACCGCACGGCGGAUACCGCUGCAUGAGCCAACUGGGGAGAAGGAGUCACCGCCACCAUCUUGA